CCCGCGCCUCCGUGCCACCGCUGCGCCGACGCGGCCGGGGCCGCACGGCUUGGCGAUCUGGCUUCUAGGGUCUUUCUGUAAGGCCACUUUAUUUUCUCAUUCGCUCAUCUGCCAAGGACGGGGACUCGCUGUUGGCGCUUCGGCCUCUUGUUCAUUGAGAAAAAAAAAAAAAAAAAAAAAGGAAAUACUCCGCGUGCGCUUCUGCAAGGGGGCUCGCCUCCAGCCCUGAAACCCGGAGUUGUUCAUCGGCGAGGGACUUGGCUCCGAAUUUUUCGCUCGUAUUUUUCUGUUUUGUUUUGUUUCCUCGCGCCGAUUGCUCGAAAGUUGGACUGAAGCAAAGUUUGGAAAAAAAAGGGGGAAAAAAAGUUUGCAUCGGGGCUGGAUUUAUUUGCACAUCGCAGAAAGAAGAGACUGCAAGGGAGAGGGGUUGGUGCAAAGCCGCGAUCACGGAGUUCAGAUGUGUUCUAAGCCUGCUGGAGUGACCACACUUUCAAGACCUGAUGGAGGCCAGAGCUCAAAGUGGCAACGGGUCCCAGCCUUUGCUGCAGGAGUCCCGUGACGGUGGCAGACAGCGUGGGGAACUGGACCCCAGAGACGCCCUCAGCCAGCAGGUACACGUGUUGUCCCUGGAUCAGAUCAGAGCCAUCCGAAACACCAAUGAGUACACAGAGGGGCCGACUGUGGUGCCAAGACCUGGGCUCAAGCCUGCUCCUCGCCCCUCCACUCAGCACAAACACGAGAGACUCCAUGGUCUGCCUGAGCACCGCCAGCCUCCCCGGGCCCAGCACUCACAGGUCCAUUCUUCUGCACGGGCCCCUCUGUCCAGGUCCAUUAGCACCGUCAGCUCAGGGUCGCGGAGCAGUACCAGGACGAGUACCAGCAGCAGCUCCUCUGAACACAGACUGUUAGGAUCUUCCUUCUCCUCGGGGCUGGUUGCUGAUGGCAUAAUCCGGGUGCAGCCCAAAUCUGAGCUCAAGCCAGGUGAGUUUAAGCCACUGAGCAAGGAAGAUUUGGGCCUGCACGCCUACAGGUGUGAGGACUGUGGCAAGUGCAAAUGUAAGGAGUGCACCUACCCAAGGCCUCUGCCAUCAGACUGGAUCUGCGACAAGCAGUGCCUUUGCUCAGCCCAGAACGUGAUUGACUAUGGGACUUGUGUGUGUUGUGUGAAAGGUCUCUUCUAUCACUGUUCUAAUGAUGAUGAGGACAACUGUGCAGACAACCCUUGUUCUUGCAGCCAGUCUCACUGUUGUACACGAUGGUCAGCCAUGGGUGUUAUGUCUCUCUUUCUGCCUUGUUUAUGGUGUUACCUUCCAGCCAAGGGUUGCCUUAAAUUGUGCCAGGGGUGUUAUGACCGGGUGAACAGGCCUGGAUGCCGUUGUAAAAACUCAAACACAGUUUGCUGCAAAGUUCCCACUGUCCCCCCCAGGAAUUUUGAAAAGCCAACAUAGCACCCUUAAUCAGGAAUAUUACAAUAAUAAGGAUUGUGUCUCUCCCUACCCGUUUUCUUUUUAACAUGCAUAUGAAACCAACUAAACAGUUACAGUUACAGUAUUGGCACUGUUAAUAGAGUUGGCAUAUUCUUUGCUGUUUGCAGUGAGAAGUGUUUUGUCCAAUGUGCCAUUUUAACUGAUAUACUUGGUAGAACUCAGCUAAUGGAGCUCAAAGAAUGGGAUACAGAACUGGGUGACCCACACAUUGCAUAAGCUAAAGCAACACAGACACUCCUAGGCAGAAAUUUUUGUUUGUGAAUAGUACUUGCAAAAUUUGUAAAUUAGCAAAUGACCUUUUUUCCAUUGUCUUCUCCAGAGAUAAUGUGCUAUAUUUUUGUAUAUACAGUAAUAUUUGCAACUGUGAAAAACAAGUUGUGCCAUACAUGGCACAGUCACAAAAUAUUAUACUAAUAUGUUGUACAUUCGGAAGAAUGUGAAUCAAUCAGUAUGUUUUUAGAUUGUAUUUUGCCUUACAGAAAGCCUUUAUUGUAAGACUUUGAUUUCCCUUUGGACUUCAUGUAUAUUGUACAGUUACAGUAAAAUUCAACCUUUAUUUUCUAAUUUUUUCAACAUAUUGUUUAGUGUAAAGAAUAUUUAUUUGAAGUUUUAUUAUUUUAUAAAAAAGAAUAUUUAUUUUAAGAGGCAUCUUACAAAUUUUGCCCCUUUUAUGAGGAUGUGAUUGUUGCUGCAAAUGAGGGGUUACAGAUGCAUAUGUUCAAUAUAAAAUAGAAAAUAUAUUAACGUUUGAAAUUAAACUGAGCUGUUUUGUCUUAUUGUAAUACCUUUUCUUUCUUUCUGCAAAGUUCAAGAAUGAAUGUUAAGGCUGGCAUGUUAGUGAAAUAGUUUCACUUAUCUAUCUAUAGGGCUGUUUUUGUCUUGGGAUUGCUGCUUUAAAGUUUGUUUUUUUUUUUUUUUUUUUUUUUUUUUCCCCAAUCAAAAUAGAACUCAAUGUUUGACUCGCCUGUAUUAAUCACAUGAGAGCUUAUUUUGGCUAUAUUUUCCCUCCUGUUACUCCCUUUGUUUUUCAGAUUUUCUGACUUUUCUUUGUUUUGCAGAUAGAAACCUUGAACUGAUUUAUUCAUGAGCCUUUCCUAAAAGAUUAACAAUCAGACUUGCACCCCAUAGACAGUAAUAAGAAUGAAUGCCGUGGAGAUAACUCAAAACAGAGGAAGAUGUUUAAUUCAACAAACAUUUACUAAAUGUUGCCCGUAUGUCAAUCAUGGCAUAUAGAGAAAUCAAGUCUUUUAAUUGAGGCAAAAAUGGUUUCCUGACAACUAUUUAUGUCCCUGUUUUUUCUGAUUGAUUUGACUUUAGACUCUGCAAGUCAUCACCAUCACCUCAAAUUUCCUAUUAGAAAAGACAAGAAAAAUUAUAACUUGCUGCGAUUCAGGUAUUUGUUAUCAUGAACUUUCAUCCUAUACUGGUCUUGUAAUUCAAACCCAAGUAGGCCACCUUAGCCCUGACUUAUGUAAUCAAGUAACCUGGAAAACUGUUAGAUUUUACUCUGAGUGGAAGACGCAUUAUGGCAAAAUAUCACUGUAUUUGGAAUUGUCUUUUGAGAACACAGACACAGCAAGCUACUACAAGACUAUUUUGACAAAAAUUAGGUUUUCUUAAGUCACUUGAUUAGUCACUUUGUGGCUGAUUUUUUUUUUCCAAAAGCACAAAUUCUGCCAAGAAUAACCGGAAGUCUAGGAAAUGAUUUACCUGUUAUUAUUGUUUAAUCUCUUGUUUCCUGUUCUGAAGUUCCUCUUGGUUUAAGAGGUCUUAGAACAGGUUGUCUUCUGUUUUGUUUUGUGUUUUAAAAUUGGCUUUCCAGGAACUAUAUCAGCCCCCCAAAUCAGACGUUUACUCUGGCUCUUCAGUUUCUCUGAACUUCAUCCAAGAAACACAAGGUUAAAUUAACUUAGA